AUGAAAAAUAUUUUUAAACUCUAGAUUAAAUGUUUGACUGAUAUUAAAAUUUAGAUUUCUUCUAGUAGGUAAGAAAAAAAAAAAGAAAUAAAUCAUAAGCGAUUUAAAAUUCUUUCAUCUUCAAAAUAAAUGCUAAGGAAGGAAGAUUAUUUGUUUUAUAUCUAAAUAUUUGGUGAAUCUAGUAUAAAAUUUAAAUUAAAUUAAUAUAUAAAUUUUUAAUCAAAAUUUAUUUUAUUUAUUAAGCUGUAGGUAAAAGUUGUAUUGUUUUAUAAGCUACAUAAAAUAACUUCAAAGAUGAACAUGAUAAAACGAUUACACUAAAAUUAGCAACUAAAAUAAUAAAAUAAGAUAAUAAAAUCUUUAAACUACGCAUCUGGGAUACAGUAAUUAAUAAAUAAAUAGCCUGGUUAAAAAAUACUUAGGUGUCUUGUUUUGCAUUCCUAUGAAAAAACAGCAUAAGGAGCUAUUUUAAUUUACGAUAUUACUAAUCGUGAAAACUUUCUUAAUAUUAGUGGAAUCAUCAAAUAAAUCAGAGAUAGUGAGAAAUCUUAUGUGCCUUUGAUUUUAGUAGGAAAUAAGUUUGAUUUAGAAUAAAAUCGUGAAGUAAGUUAUACAGAAGGAGAAAAUUUUGCUAAAGAACAUGAUCUUUUUUUCUUUGAGGUGAGUGCAUUUACUGGUUAUAAUAUUGAAGUAUUAUUUAAUAAAAUUACUGAAUUGGUUUUGAAAUAGGUUUCGAACCUAAUAGAAGAAAAAAAAAUAACUGUAGGAAAAAGUUGUAUUGUUUUAUAAGCUUCAGAAAAUAAAUUCAAAGAUGAACAUGAUAAAACGAUUGGAGUAGAAUUCUUAAAUAAAAUAAUAUAAUAUGAUAAUAAAAUCUUUAAACUAUCCAUCUGGGAUACAGCUGGCUAGAGUAGAUUUAGGAGUAUUGUUUUUUGCUACUUUGAAAAAGCAUAAGGAGUUAUUUUAGUUUAUGAUAUUACUAAUCGUGAAAGCUUUCUUAAUAUUAGUGAAUUCAUUCAAAAAUGUAGAGAAAGAACUAGAUCUUAUGUGCCUUUGAUUUUAGUAGGAAAUAAAUUUGAUUUAGAAUAAAAUCGUCAAGUAAGUUAUACAGAAGGAGAAAAUUUUGCUAAAAAACAUGAUCUUUUUUUCUUUGAGGUGAGUGCAUAUACUGGUUAUAACAUUGAUGAAUUAUUUAACAAAAUUACUGAAUUGGUAUAUGAAAAUUAAAAAUGA